AUGUCACAACCAAUUCUUUCAUUGAAGCCCGACGAGAACAAGUCCAAGGCAGUGGCUAACAUUCUGCCAUGUCGUAUACACCAUGAUGGCCCAAUUGAACCAACAUCAACAUAUUGGACCCCUGCUGCUACGGACGAUGGAACCAAACUAGCAUACUUCCGCGGAAGGAAACUUCAGGGAAAGGUCGUCAAGUUGCCAGAAGACUACCGUGGCAUCGUCGUUGAGCGAGUUCCCCAACAAGAUCCCAAAACAGCCGUUGAGGAGCAUGUGGUGGAUCUGGAUGCCGAGGAAGAACAAAUAGAAAACAUGCAAAUAACAGCCGAGUUUGAUGAAAUGGUCGUUUGGGGCCAUGAGGCAGUAGCAGAUGCCAGUGCCGACCCUUAUGUUCGAAGUAUGGAAGAGUGGCUUCAGGUAGCCGACAAGAUUCAUUCUUACUCGCCCCCUGAUGAGGCUGCGCCGAAAUGA